AAUGCAAGCAUUUUCCUCACCUGCUGCAAGCGACGAUGACCAGAAAAGGGACUUGGAGUAUUUGCUUGAAGUUUUUAGCUCUAUGUGCUCUCUUAAGGACAUAGCCUCUGCUUACUGCCAGGCGAGGCACAAUGUAGAAAUGGCUGCUGAAAUUCUAUGUGCAUCACAUGUAAGGCCCUCAGAUGGUGCUUGUUCAUCAAAAGUUAAAUUUGAGGGUGCAAGUGCAACUUCUUCGGAAGGAAUGUCAUCUGACAAAGUUCUUCAGAAUCCCUUAAAUGGAGCGGGCAAUACCAGAGCAUCAAACUCAAAAAAAAAUUCUGUAUCAGUGGGUACUGUUUCAGGUAUGAUUGGAAAAGAGUACAUUAGGCCCAGAUCAUCAACAAAUGAAUCUAUUGAAGUGAAGAAACCAUUAAAGUUAGAGCUGAAAGAAGUGCCCGCCUCUGAGAUAUGGAGUGAAGAAGUUGAAUCAACCAUGCCAGCAGAAAACAGCAAAAUGCGUGCGGAUAUUGAAGAGUUUCUGUUUAAAAUGCUCGGAGAGGGCUUUAAACUUGAUAUGGAUGUCAUCCGAGAAGUUCUUGGACCGGAUUGAGUGGAUCAAACUGAUCUAAAUUUUUGACCCUACCCCCCCGAACGGGCUG